GGCUGCCAGUGUUUCACAGGCUUGCUACAGUGCAGAGGUUUUUCCACUGAAGAGAGGUUCUGUCAGAGGGAAUUCUCUAAUGUUGCUGCUGCUGAAGUGAAACCAUCACAGGGGAUACACUGCAGUAAACACUGCAUUGGAGAAUACUGUGGUGGUUCAUACUGAGGUUUGGAUGACUGUGAUGCUCCUAAAGCAUCACCUUUCAACUGCAUUCAACAGCAAAGCCACAUAAUUGCAACAACCAGACCCUGCUUCUGAAGACCCUCACCUGGAGAGGACAGACUGAGACAGACAGAGUGGUAGAGAGGUAGAGAAGAGUGCAGACUUUAGGAUUUUUGACAAUUCUUCAAUCGUUUAAAAGUCAUUCCUCUCCAUCGAUUGAUGCGACGAAUAAGUGAGAAGAAAAGAAUAGCUAGCAUUUCGGAGAAAGAGGAUAAACGUCAUAGAUCGGGAGUGAGGAACCGUAAGCAGAGCAUCUAAACUGGAAUUGAAGGGGGGAGAGUGGAAGGGUAUUACAGGAUGCUUUUGGGCAGCAUGAACCGUCCGGGGGCGGUCCCUGCCUUCCUCAGGACCCCCACGGUGAUCCCGCCCCCACUGGACAUGAAGCAGUACCUCCAGUUCCCCAUGGACACAGCUCUACCACAACACAGCAUGGGCCUGUUCCACAACUUCAACACCAACAGUUACUCAACAAUGGACCCGGUACAGAAGGCAGUGAUGAACCACACCUUCGGCCCCCCCAUGAUGAAGACCAAACGACCCAUCAUCUCCUGCAACGUCUGCCAGAUCCGCUUCAACUCAGAGAGCCAGGCAGAAGCCCACUAUAAGGGGAACCGGCACGCUCGGAGGGUAAAGGGCAUCGAGACCUCCAAGACUCGCCCCAAGGAGGGUGACAAGCCGGCCGCUCCCCCCACUGCUUCCCCCACUCCACCAGGCCCCUCACCAUCCAGCCCAGACCCUGACACCAGCAAACAGGGUGAUUCCCACCCACAUUCAAACAGCUCACCCAUGACACCCAGCCCCAUGUCUGUGCCAGACACCCCAGACACCCCCAUGCAGUUCCCCGUGUGCCCACUCCUGCCCCCUCUGAGUACGCCCAUGUCUCCCACCUCCACCCCCUCCCCGGCCCUUGGUCCCCCCCAGGUGGACACCCCCAUGGUGGGCCCCCCUGACACCGCGUCCCCAGCCCCCAGCCCCUCUUCAGGGGAGUCUGAGGAGGACAAAGCCAAGAAGAUGCUCUACUGCUCACUGUGCAAAGUGGCCGUCAACUCCCUCUCUCAGCUAGAGGCGCACAAUAAAGGUACCAAACACAAAACCAUCCUGGAGGCAAGGAGUGGGCUGGGCCCCAUCAAGGCGUACCCUCGGCUGGGCCCUAACCCCAGCCCUGAGCAGGCAGGGGGGCUGCCCUCGGACCCCAACACUCAGGAACGCACCUUCCACUGUGAGAUCUGCAACGUGAGGGUGAAUUCUGAGCUGCAGCUCAAACAGCAUAUAUCCAGUCGAAGGCAUCGGGAUGGAGUCGCUGGGAAGCCAAAUCCCCUCCUUAGCCGGCACAAGAAGCGCACAGACUUUGUGUCUUCUUUGACCUUCUCUAAGGACCUUCCAAAAACUCUGGGCCAUGGACUGUUUCCCAACCCCCUGGCUGUUGCUGCGGCGAUGGCAGCCGCUGCCUCCUCAAAUCAGCUGGCUCAGCUGCGUGCCCCUCGUCCUAUUUCUCACCCUCAGAACUACCACCCCCACCACCACCUCCUACAGAGCACACUACAGGGCACGCACCUCAGCCUCCUACGGCCCGCCCCUGGGCCUAUGCGCACCACCCAUGGGCCAAUCCUCUUCUCCCCUUAUUGAAGGUGGUGGGACGGGGGCCAAUCAGGAAGAUGCACACUGUGAAGUAAACAGGGAAAACCAUUGAUAGAUAAUCAACAGAUGUUAAAACUGAAACAUUUGACGGAGGAAAGACUAUGCCUGUCCCUCUCCACCUUUCUUCAUUCGACAACUUCCAAAGCAAAGGAUUGACGGCUUGCAGUCGUUUUAAAGAGGAAGGAUGCAUGACAGACUCAGAUGGACUUUCUGUACAUGCUCUCCCUCCUUCAAUCCUCCUCCCACAUUUAGUUGACUCUGAGAUACUUAUAGCAAAAAAAAUGUAUAGGUCAAACUAUACAAACUAUGGCUGACUCAGUAAACUGAGCUCUGUUCUGUUUCCUGUUUCCAUCACAUCUCUGUAGUUUUGGUUCAGUGCUCACCCACCCAAAGCCAUCUGCUAUAUAAGUCCAUAAUAUAAAUAAAAAGCACACUAGGUUAGACACAGUAGCUGCCUCUGCUCUUAGUAAUGUUUCAUAAUUCGUAGUACAGUAGAACCAAUAGUGCAUUACUGCAAACCCCUGUUGGGGUGUUCAAUAAUCAAAGUGCAGUACCUACCUACCCCACUCUGUAGUUCCAGGUUCUAGAUUAGGUGCCUGCUCUGCAGAUCAAGGCACAAGGUACUGUAUGUUUCCAGGUACUAGAUAUAUGUUCUAGUGUUGUGGAUGAUAGAUGUUAGUCUAUAUAUCCUCUGUUGUCAG